AUGGUACAAAAUAUCAAAGUAAAAGUAAAGAAAAGCAAAAUAACGGAAAGGAAAAAUAAGUCCCAAAAGGCAAAAAAGAAUAAGGAAAAAAUAGUUGUAAAAAGUUUAAGAAAGAAGAGCAAAUUAGUAAAAAUUAACAAAAUUGAAGAGAUGGCAAAACGAUUAUGUGCUUCGACCAAUAAUAAUCUGAAAUUUUUAAAUAAUGAAGGAAAGAAAAAAGAAUAA